AUGCUCCUCUUCUGCCCCUCCUGCAGCAACAUCCUAAUAGUCACCACCCUGCCCUCAACCCAGUGCAGCCCCUCCGACCUCGCGGCCGGAGCAGGCGAAAAGAACCGCUUCGAAUGCCGCACCUGCCCCUACCAAAUGCUGCUGGACCGGCGGUACUUUGAGCGCAAGACGUUCGAGUCCAAAGCCAUCGAGGACGUGCUGGGCGGCGCGGACAGCUGGGCGAAUGUGGACAAGACGCCUAUCCAAUGUCCCCGUGACGGAUGUGAUGGCGGCGAGGCGUUUUUCAAGCAGGCGCAGUUGCGUAGUGCUGAUGAGCCCAUGACGACGUUUUACAAGUGUGUCAAGUGCGGGUAUGACUUUAGGGAGUGA